CGUGUCGGGCAGGCGCAGUGACUACUUCUUGAUUUUAGCAGACAUCUCUGUCCGAAUAAUCACGAACUAGGCCAAUAACUGCCAUAUUUAUGUCUUUACUCGCGUAGAAGCGAGAUGUUUAAAAAUUUGAAGAGUAAGAUUGAGCAAAAGGUAGCUCAGUUGCCUCUACGGAAUACCGUGACGGGAGUGUUGAAGAAUGAUAACGAAGACACUCCAGGGAAACCACUGGCAGAGAGCACACCUCAGAAAGGCAGUGGUCAGGAUAGAGGUGGGGGAGGGGAUGGCCCCGCCCUGCUGGAUCUGAGUGGGCAAGAUGGGGCUGUAGCAUCCCCACCCCAGGAGGGGGUCCCCACAGGGCAGUUGGUGGAGAUCCCCCUGGAGUCUACUAACAAUGACAGUCAUUACGAGACUGCCUCCGACUUCGGUUCCGUCCAGGGCGAUGAUACUCCGAGAGGCCCAAGGUCAAGGACAUCGUCAAUCAGCUCUGUCGCCAGUGACAGCUCCUUCUUCACUAAUGUCAGCUUCUCACAUCCACAAUAUGUUCCGUCGGACAUCGAGAGCGAGAUCGAGGAGACCUCUGUGAACCUUGAUGCCAUUAGCAAGGAGGAACUGUAUACUUACGUCAAGAAGUACGAGAGACGAGUGAUCAAAUACAAGACCAAGUACAUGGAGCUGGCAACUGUGUACAAGGAAUCCAUGCAGGACAGAGAGAAAGUGAAGAAAACCCUGGCCACGUCUCAGGACCGAGCGUUCCGACGGAUCUCGGAGCUGAAGGAGCAGAUACAGCUGGACCAGCUGGCCAAGCGGGACCUAGAGCAGAACUACCGACUCCUCCUGGAGGAGAAGGAGGAGUUUGUCAAGGUGCUCCAGAUGCAGGUGAAACUGUUGAAGGAAGGCAAGGAGAUUCCACCCGAGCUGCAGGAGAAACUCUCCCCAAAGACAAGCGCAGCAGUUGUACCCCCUGGUUCCCCAGACACACCCGGGGGAACAGAUGAAGUGAGCAUACUGAAGAAGAAGAUGCAUCGCCUGGAGGGUUUGCUGACUCGGUGCAAGGAAACCAUUAAAUCCGGUAAGGAGAAGAACCUGGUCCUGGCCACGGAGAAGGAGGAGCUGGAGAGGAAGAUGGAUGACUUGCAGAGGGAGAAUGAGAGAAUCAAGACUGGUGGAGGAGGCACGCCAGAUGUGACGAAGCUGCAGGGUCAGAUCAAGCAGGCGCGGAAGCUGAUCCAGCAGCUGGAGACCGAUCGCGAGCUGGCCAUUGCAGAAGUCAAGAAGCAGGUGCAUGAGGAGCUAGAGAGGAAGGACGAGGAACUCCGGGAGGUCAAGAGUCAGGCCCAGGUGUGGCAGGGCGAGAACACCGACCUGAAGGAGAAGUCUGAGAGGCUGGAGAAACAAGUGCAAGAACAGCUGGACAAAUCAAGGGAGAUAAUCCGGCGGAUGAAGGAGGAGAAGGCGCACCUGAAGACGGAGAUGCAAGAGAGACUGGAGGCCUCGGAGCAGAGUCUGGAGGAGGAGAAGGAGACGUUGGUCCAGGAGCUGUCCCGGGGAAAGUCCGCCGCCAUCUCGCUCAUGCAGCAAGAGACGGAGAAGGUGAUGCACGAGAAGAUUGAGGCCAGUGUGGGAGAGAGAGACGGCAUCUGGCAACUCAAGAUGGCUGACCAAGAGAAGGCCCACCAGGAGGUGCUGGAGGUCAAGGAGAGGGAGAAGGAGCUGGCGGUGACACAGCUGCAGGAGGAGUUACGGCGGAGGCUUCAUGAGAAGGAGGAGGAGAUGGGGCUGGCAGUGGAGGAGCGAGAGCUGCAGAAGAUGGCCACCGUCUCCGAGAUCGACACUCAGAAAGACCAGCUGCACCUCCAGAUCGACAGACUUAACUCAGAGAAGAUCGAGCUGGAGAACCAGGUGAGCAAGCUCCAGGAUGACAUGGCAACCGCUGCAGCCAGCUUCACCCAGCAGAUGGAGGAGAUGACGAGCAAACAUAAUCAGGCCCUGGCAGGCUCGAACACGGAGCUGGAGUCUUACUACCAGGCCCAGCUGCAGGCCGUGAAGGGGCAGCAGCAGCAACUGCUCCAAGACAAGAAGACCGAGCUGGAGUCGCUGGAGCAAGACCUGAAGGAGGUCAAGGCCGCCAUGGAGGAGAAGGAGUGUGAGCUGGAGGGUCGGACCGGCGACUACGAGAAAGAGAUCGCCAAGCUGCAGACUGACCUUGCCGAGAAGGAGGAGGAGAAUGUGAAAGUUAAGAAAGAACUGGAGAAUGUCCGACUUGAGUUUGAGGACGUAAGGACAUCAUUGACACAACAGAUAUCCAAUUUGCAAUCCACGGUUGAUGGCUUGGAGUUGUGUAAGAAGGAGCUUGAAGAGAGCAGUGUGAAGUUAAAGGAUGAGUUUGAUUCUUUUAGGACGGAGAGUGAGAAUCAUGUGCAGGAGCUGACAUCACAGAGAGAGAAGCUUGAAGUUCAGCAAGCUCAGUUGGUUGAAAAGUGUCAGCAGAUGAGUUCAGACCAAGUUGACUUUUCGAAAUCUUUAGAUGAGAAGGCAUCUUUGGCUGAAACAGAGAAAGCAGACUUGUUGAAUCAGAUCGAGAGUAAAAAUCAGGAACUUGCAAGUUUGCUACAUCAAAUAGAGGCACUGCAGAAUGAGAAAGGACAGGUGGUUGAAGAUUUCAAGCAGAAACUGGAUGCAUCCGAGUCAGAAAAGCAGCAGACGACUGACGCUGUUACAGCUUCUCUGUCGCAGCUGCAAACAGUGGAGAAUCGGGUUCGGGAGUUGGAGGAGGAGGUGGCGACGAAGGGGGAACAGUUGAAACAGCUAGAAGCUGACAAGGAGUUGAUCCUUCUGGAACGAAGUGACAUCGAGGCUCGAGGUUCCGAGAAGGAUGUGUACAUCGGGCAGCUGAAGGAGACGGUGAAGUCCCUGGAGGAAUGCCAAGCUGAUAUCGAGAGGGAGAAAUCAAACAUGGAAGAAAAACUGACGUCACUAGAGUCUGUUUUGGAUGAACUGGGUAAAGCGAAAACUGAGCUGACAGAAAAGUUGGAGGAAAGUAAACAGACGUUUAGCCAACAGGCUUCCCAGGAGAAGGAAACCUUAGAGGAAAGGAUUGCUGCACUAGAGAAGGAUCUCAGUGAAUAUGUCCAGAAGUCAGUAGACUAUGAGAAAACAUUAUGUUCAAAGGAUGAUGAGAUUCUAGCACUGAGAACAGUCAUUGAUGACAACACAGGAUUUAUCAAAUCUUUAGAAGGUAAACAAGAACAAACAGAACAGAUUCUUCUCAAGAAGGAUGAAGAAAUAAAGGCUGUAGAAGGAAAGCUUGCUCAGACUGCGGAGAAGUUCAAUCAGCUGAGAUCUGAGGCGAAGGGGAAGAUCAAGGAGUUGAAGGAGACGGCGGAACAGACGAAACAGAAACAUCAGGAGGAGAACGCCCAGAAGCAGAAGGACUGGGAGGAGAAGGUGAACAUGAUGAACAUCGACAAGACAAACAUGGAGAAGCAGUAUACCAACCAGAUCCAGUCCUUGGAACAGAGGCUGGCUGCGGAGAAGGAGAACAUGCAGAAGCUGGAGGACGGCUUCCGGAAACAGUUCGAGGAGAAACAGGCCAAGUUCAAGGAGACCAUGGGGAAGAUCAAGGAGAGGUUUGAGGAGAAGCUGAAGGAGAAGGAUGGGGAAGUUGAGGCCAAGAUCCAGGAGCUCACCCAGCAGAAGGAACUCGGGAUGGAAGACGUCACCAAGAGUCUUGAGGUCAUGCGCGAACAGCAGCUCCGGGACCAAGCAGAGCGACACCAAGCUGCCAUUCAGGAAGUAGUGGAGGAGUGGAAGUGUAAACUUGAAAAUGUUCAGGAUGAAUUUGAUACAAAAUUUCAAAGGAAUUCGGAGGAGAAUGAGCAGAAGAAAAGUGAAAUUGAAUCCAUACAUUCCUCCAAACUGACAGCAAUGUCACAGUCAUUUGAAGCACAGGUGAAGUCCCUUCAAGAAGAUAUUGAGAGGUAUAGGACAGAACUUGCUGAUCUCAAAUCAGACAGAGAUGAAAAGAUGCAAGAGUUGGUGGAGUUAAGGCAACAAUUGAGUGAGCAGGAUACCAAGAUUAGUGAUCUCGUGUCAGCUCUGGAGACAGAGAAACAGUCAAGCCAAAGUGUGUGUGAAUCAACUGUGAGUGAAUAUUCAGGGAAGGUUGGUCAGAUGGAAUCUGUGAUUAGUGAACUCAAUGAGAAACUAUCUGAGGUUCAGGAAAAACAUACACAAGAAAUUCAAGAGAAGGAUGUGCAGCUACAAGACCACCAAGGGCGGUUAACACAGCUCCAGACAGAGAACUCUUCAAUGGAGGAGAUGCUUAAAGCACUGAAUGAAACUGCUCAGAGUAAAGAUGACCAAAUACAGUCUUUGAGCGAAGAAUGUGAAUCUCUGAAGUCUGGGCAGACUCAAGUUCAGGAAGUUAAAGUACAGUUAUCAGAAUUAGAGAAUAAUUUUAAGAACUUGCAACAGGACAAGGCAUCACAGGAAUCAGCAGGCGAACUUCUGAAGGAGGAACAUACAAGGAUCGUGCAAGAUUAUGAAAGUCGGAUUUCUGAAAUGGUUGCAAAUGAUGGUGAACUACAAACAAGAUUAAAAGAACUCAAUGGCAAAGUGUCCAGUACAGAGGAGAGGCUGCAAGAAUGUAUUCAGAGUUAUGAGAGUCAGCUUGAGGAGUAUCGCGGAAAGUUACAGCGACAGGAAGUUGCUGUUAAAGAGGAGGUAACUCUUCUGAAGCAACAGUUGCACGAUGCACAGAACAAUGCACAGUUGACUUCAGCAGAGUUGCAGACAUCUCUGCAGCAAAAAGUGCAGGAAAAUGAAGAGAGGUUUGUUAAUCAGGCAGCUAAACAUCGAGAGGAGAUGGAAAAGGUGGAGACGUCAUGGCAGGAUAAGAUGAAGGAGAUUAAGCAGAAAUAUGUGACAAAACUCAAGGAGAUUCAGGGAGGAAACAAGGAAAAGAUUGCUGGGCUAGAGGACAAGUUGAAGAAGGAGGUCCAUAGUAAAGAAGAAGUAUCCUCCGAGUUGUCUCAUGCAAACACACGUCUGCUGCAACUUCAGGAAGCUGGAGGGACUUCUAGGGAUACCAUUGUUGAUCUGGAACAAAAACUGGAUGAAAUGACAAGGACUUUGAAUGAUAAGGAAAGUGACCUUGAAACAGUGAGGCAGAGUCUAUUGUCGACAGAGAACCGGCUUCAGGAACUGGAGUCUGAGAAGGAUCAACUGAGCCAAGAAAUCUCCCAGGUUACUUCAUCUCUGCAGGUAAAAGAUGAAGAGAUGAUGAAACUAAGGAGAGACUUGGAGGAGAAAGAGAACCUUGUGAAAGAAAUAGAACAAAGUCAACAGUCUUCCAGUGAGGAACUAAGUCAAACAGUUCUUGUAAAGCAGAAAUCUAUUUCAGAGAAGGAAUUAGUGAUACAAACUCUUGAAGAUUCUCUGAAGCAGGGUGAGGCCAGGGUGGCCGACCUUGAGGCAGAGAAUCAGCAGCUGAAGCAAAGUGUGUCAGACAUGGAACAGAAAUGUUCUGAGUUGACUUCCACAUUAGAGAUUUUACGACAGAGUGAACAAGCCACAGGGGAGGCUGAGACUAAGUUGAAUGAAAGUUUGUUGGAGCGAGAACGAUUAAAAGAAGAGAGUGACAAGCAAAUGAAGGAAUUGACAGACAAACACAGUGAAGAAAUCAAACAGUUCAGCUCAAGACAAGAUACAGAAAAUAAUACCAAGGUUUCAGAAUACAAGAAAAAAGCUGAAGCUUACUUGGCUCAGAUGAAAAAGCAGAUGAUUGAUGAGAGGGAAGAAUUAGCGGCCAGAGCUAAAGAAAAAAUAUCGUCUUUACAAACUGUGAUUGAAAAUUUGAAAAUAAGUCUUGAUGAAGAGAAGUCUGAGAAACAAAAGGCUUCAAAAGAGUUUACACAGCAGACGGAACAAUUAGAAUCCUCCCAUCUCAAAGUAGUGCAAGAAAAAGAUAAGGAAAUUGAAGAAACUAUUCAAAAACUUGAAAUGUCAGAUAAAAUGAAAAGUGAUUUGAUGACAAAUAUUGAACAGUUAAACACUGAAAAUAACACACUGAGUGACAAAAUGUCUGCAACUUUGAAAGAAAAGGGUGAAAUGAAAACUGAACUUGAAGGUCAAAUCAAAAAGUUGGAAUCACAAAUCAAGAAACUGGAAAAGAAGUUACAGCUGUUAAGAAAAGAAAAAGAGGAAGAGAUUGAUUCAAUGACAAAGUUACAUGCACAUGAGAUGGAGAAGAUGGAAAAGGAUAAAGUCGAAGAUCGAAGGUCGACUGAGGAAGAUCAUGCUGUGAAGAUCAAACAGCUGGUUAGAGAGUUCAACUCCAAGUUAGCUGAAAAAGAGAAUCUAUUUGAAGAAACGUUGAAUGAAGCUGUCAACAAGAGUCACAGGGGGGAGCAGCAGAUCGUCCACGAGCAUCACGAGCAGGUGGAGGAGCUGUACAAGGAUCUCCACGAAGCUCAGGAGAGAUCGGAGCAGAUGCAGCAGGAUCAUGAGGAGGCUCUGCAGGAACGUGAAGGAGAGAUGACUGAGCAGUUGACUGCCCUUAAGUCAGAGUUAUCUGCCCUUAAGCAACAACACCAGGUAGAGCUGUCUGAAAUGGAAGAGAGGCUAAGGAAGUCACAUGAUAAGACUCUUCAAGACCGUGAAACAUUCCAUAAAGAGGAAGUUUCAGCUUUGACCCGAGAAUGGAACCACGAGAGAAAGUCUGACCGUCAACUCGCACCGUUCGAUCCCAUGGCACAACCACAGGAACUGGUGCAGCAGAACCAGCUGGCCCUGACGGCGAUCCAGAGCGGCUCCUCCAGUGGUGACCUUCUACGUCAACAGAUCAUCCUGCUAAACAAGCAAGUGGAGGAUCUGAGAGAGAAACACAAACUGGAACUGGCGGAGCUGGCAGCCCAAGCGGAGAUGAGUCAGCUCCACAAGCCACUGGUGGCACCGCCCAAGAUCAAGUCUCUGGACAUCACCGAUCCCAACCUCCCAGCCGAGGUGGAGAACCUGGAGCUCUAUAAUGAAGACCUGCAGGCCCAGGUCUCCCAUCUAAACAAUGAGCUGUCCCACACUCGGCUGAGGGAGAAGGAGCUCCACCAGAGAAUUGACAUCCUGGAACAUCGGCUCCAGAACCCCCACGGUGACGACACCCCUCCCCUCAGCCCUGCAGGGUCCUACUCCUCCGACGGACCCCUGCUGCGGGAACCUACUGAGUUUGAGUAUUUGAGAAACAUCCUCUAUGAAUACAUGAUGGGGAAGGAAACAAAGACCCUUGCCAAAGUUAUUGCUACGGUUGUGAAAUUUUCUGAUGAACAAACUCAUAAUAUUAUUGCAAGAAAUGAAGGCAAACUGACUACUUAACACAGACAAGCUGGUGGUGAUGUUGUCGUGGCUGUCUCCGUGAGGUCAUCUGAGUUCCUUGUAUCGUGACAGGCAGCGCUCCUCAUCCCAAUAUCUGUGAUAUACGCAUCGUAUGCAUGGAGAACCACCUCAGUACCUGCAGUACAGAUACUGUAACCAGCCAGAUCAGUGAUGUCUGUGAGUGACUGUGAUCUGUGUUGUCGUCUGCUGUUGACUGACCGGAUUGAUGGCAUCUGUGAUUGUCUUUGUUGGGCGUCUGUGAGUGUGUGUUGUCGUCUGCUGUCUACUGGCCAGAUUGAUGGCAUCUGUGAUUGUCUGUGUUGGGCGUCUGUGAGUGUGUGUUGUCGUCUGCUGUCAACUGGCCAGAUUGAUGGUAUCUGUGAUUGUCUUUGUUGGGCGUCUGUGAUGCUGUGUUAUCGUCUGCUUUUGACUGACCAAAUUGAUGGCAUCUAUGAUUGUCUGUGUUGGGCGUCUGUGAUGGCGUGUUGUCGUCUGCUGUCGCCUGGCCAGAUUGAUGGCAUCUGUGAUUGUCUGUGUUGGGCGUCUGUGAUGAUGUGUUGUCGUCUGCUGUCGACUGGCCAGAUUGAUGGCAUCUAUGAUUGUCUGUGUUGGGCGUCUGUGAUGCUGUGUUAUCGUCUGCUUUUGACUGACCGAAUUGAUGGCAUCUGUGAUUGUCUGUGUUGGGCGUCUAUGAUGGUGUGUUGUGUUGUCAUCUGCUGUCGCCUGGCCAGAUUGGUGGCAUCUGUGAUUGUCUGUGUUGGGCGUCUGUGAGUGUGUGUUGUCGUCUGCUGUCGACUGGCCAAAUUGAUGGCAUCUGUGAUUGUCUGUGUUGGGCGUCUGUGAUGGCGUGUUGUCGUCUGCUGUCUACUGGCCAGAUUGAUGGCAUCUGUGAUUGUCUGUGUUGGGCGUCUGUGAUGCUGUGUUAUCGUCUGCUUUUGACUGACCGAAUUGAUGGCAUCUGUGAUUGUCUGUGUUGGGCGUCUGUGAUGGUGUGUUGUGUUGUCGUCUGCUGUCACCUGGCCAGAUUGAUGGCAUCUGUGAUUGUCUGUGUUUGGCGUCUAUGACUGUGUGUUGUCGUCUGCUGUCUACUGGCCAGAUUGAUGGCAUCUGUGAUUGUCUGUGUUGGGCGUCUGUGAGUGUGUGUUGUCGUCUGCUGUCUACUGGCCAGAUUGAUGGCAUCUGUGAUUGUCUGUGUUGGGCAUCUGUGAUGGUGUGUUGUCGUCUGCUGUCACCUCGCCAGACUGAUGGCAUCUGUGAUUGUCUGUGUUGGGCGUCUGUGAUGGCGUGUUGUCGUCUGCUGUCGACUGGCCAGAUUGAUGGCAUCUAUGAUUGUCUGUGUUGAGCGUCUGUGAUGGUGUGUUGUCGUCUGCUGUCUACUGGCCAGAUUGAUGGCAUCUGUGAUUGUCUGUGUUGGGCGUCUGUGAUGGUGUGUUGUCGUCUGCUGUCGACUCGCCUGAUUGAUGGCAUCUGUGAUUGUCUGUGUUGGGCGUCUGUGAUGGUGUGUUGUCGUCUGCUGUCGCCUGGCCUGAUUGAUGGCAUCUGUGAUUGUCUGUGUUGGGCGUCUGUGAGUGUGUGUUGUCGUCUGCUGUCUACUGGCCAGAUUGAUGGCAUCUGUGAUUGUCUGUGUUGGGCGUCUGUGAUGGUGUGUUGUCGUCUGCUGUCGACUCGCCUGAUUGAUGGCAUCUGUGAUUGUCUGUGUUGGGCGUCUGUGAUGGUGUGUUGUCGUCUGCUGUCGACUCGCCAUACUGAUGGCAUCUGUGAUUGUCUGUGCUGGUUGUAUGUGACGGUUAUCUGCUGUAAAAUAGAUGACAUCUGUGAUUGUCUGUGUUAAUCAUCAGCCAGUGUGAUGACGUGUGUUGAUCAUCUGUGAUUGACUGUUGAUCAAGGGCUGUGUAGAAUUGACAAUUAAUGACUUGUUUAUCACCAGACAUUUAGGUGUUCACAGUCAUGUUACUGUGACCGUUCGGACAUACAAAUAUAUAAGCAUUACAACUGGACUUCUGGCUGGACUCUUCGGGCUUGGUCAGCUCAACUGGACUGACCACCCAGGUCAACUCUCUGCUUAAACACCUCCAAAACAACAGCCAUGAUCAAAGUGAAACAAGGGGAGGUAAUCCCAACACCACAAAGAAGUUCAGAGCUGCAUCUUGAGUAAUUUACUGUUGAUCUGGUGUGUUUGUAUAAAAUUAUUUAGAAAACUUUUUUAUAGGAAAAGGGGUUAAUUCAAUCUUUAGUUAGCACCAUAUAAGAAUUCCAUGUUGCAAACAUUUCUUUACAGUUGAAUCCAAGCAAGGUAGAUUGUGUGGAUUUUCAUGACAAACAGUUUUUGUGCACUUAUUUGUUUUGGCUUAAGAUUCUUUUUGAAACUUUAUUUCUGGUAUAACUGUUCACUAUUAUCUCUGUAACCAUAGUGAUAGUGCUUUCAAGAAUUCCUUGCCAAAAAUUAGCAAUCAAAUUUCUCCAACCAGUUGUAGCUACAAUUUACCAUUGCUGACAUAUACCGUAUUCACCGUAUUAAGAACCCUGCUGCAAUCAUCGCCCCCUGAGCAACUUUAGACCAUUCUGUAAGUAAUUUUUAUAAGUGCCCCGACUAAGAUCGAUUACAUUGCAGUCUAUAUUUUCUUGUGUGUCAUACAGAUUUAGUUACGGAAAAGAUCAGUGCAAAAGUGGUAUAUAAUUACCAAGCAAUUAUUAUCAAAACUGUUUUAGCUUCUCCGAUGUUUGAACCAAGUUUGUUCACUCCGAUCACUGACAACAACUUUAAUUCUGUAUGGUUUUAAUAAGUGCCCCUGUUUUCCCAAUUUUCUUUGCACAAGGGUGUUUAUUACGGUAAUAUGGUAACUUGAUUUGUUUUAUAUGUAAUUAGAUGUCAUGUACAGGGUACUGGAGUCAUAUAUAUAUGUAGUAUAUUCAGAGAUGUACAUACAUGGUUGAUAUCUGUUGUUGAUAUCAGUAAACAAUGACACCCUCAUACAUGACGGAUUACCACUAGGAAUUGGGAUGAGUAAAGAUUAGCUUUAAGUGUUGUUUGUUUUAAACAUUUUAUUUGUUUUUGUAUGGUGUCUAGACAUAAAUGCUUUUUUUUAAGGGAAAUAGAUUCAAAUGUAAUUUGAACGUAGACCCAUAUUUAUAAAAAUAUUUAUGUUUUAGCUAACCUGUAUCCAAACAUAGCAUUGUAGAGAUGAUUUUGGACUUAAACCUGUUUUGUGCUGUGUUUGGAGAUGCUAAGCUGAUUGUCUUGAUCAAAUAAAAAAAUGGUUGUGAAGUUUUAGAAACCUAUGACGGUAGCACGGUUAGUGCUACAAAUGGCAGUAUCAUAUAUGAUUCAGAGAAAUUCCUACAAGCCAUCUAUCAGUUGUCAUAGUUACCAUGGAGGCACCGUCCCCUGAGAAUACUGCUUCCCUCUGACACAAACUUGCCAAAGUAGGUUUUUUCUUGUCAUGAAAUCACUUCACACCUCACCAAUAUUUUAAGAAGUAAAAUCACUCUCCCUUUUUAUUCUAUUCAAUGUGCUAAAUAAGGUAUUUUUUUCACAAUUCUCCCUAAAACAGUCAUCAUGACUGAUGGCCUCAUACCAGGUAGCUGCUGAUCACUGGAUCACCAGGCAUCGGUACCACGCUGCCAGUACCAGGCUGCCAGUACCAGCCAUCGGUACCACGCUGCCAGUACCAGCCAUCGGUACCACGCUGCCAGUACCAGCCAUCGGUACCACGCUGCCAGUACCAGGCUUCAGUUUUUUAUUUCUCGUCAUUUUGACAUCAUCUGGUGGUGUUCUAUAUAUUGACAUCAUCUGGUGGUGUUCUAUAUUUUGACAUCAUCUGGUGGUGUUCUAUAUAUUGACAUCAUCUGGUGGUGUUCUAUAUAUUGACAUCAUCUGGUGGUGUUCUAUAUAUUGACAUCAUCUGGUGGUGUUCUAUAUUUUGACAUCAUCUGGUGGUGUUCUACAUAUAGACAUCAUCUGGUGGUGUUCUAUAUAUUGACAUCAUCUGGUGGUGUUCUACAUAUUGACAUCAUCUGGUGGUGUUCUAUAUAUUGACAUCAUCUGGUGGUGUUCUAUAUAUUGACAUCAUCUGGUGGUGUUCUACAUAUUGACAUCAUCUGGUGGUGUUCUAUAUAUUGACAUCAUCUGGUGGUGUUCUAUAUAUUGACAUCAUCUGGUGGUGUUCUAUAUAUUGACAUCAUCUGGUGGUGUUCUAUAUAUUGACAUCAUCUGGUGGUCUUCUACAUAUUGACAUCAUCUGGUGGUCUUCUAUAUAUUGACAUCAUCUGGUGGUCUUCUAUAUAUUGACAUCAUCUGGUGGUGUUCUAUAUAUUGACAUCAUCUGGUGGUGUUCUAUAUAUUGACAUCAUCUGGUGGUGUUCUAUAUAUUGACAUCAUCUGGUGGUGUUCUAUAUAUUGACAUCAUCUGGUGGUGUUCUACAUAUUGACAGACUGGGGAUGAAGUAUAUCUUUGUAUCUGUUUUUUCGCAGUAUGGCUGCAGUGCUUGUUACCAAAUGUUCUGCUCAGUGCAAUAUGUUGGUUUUUUUCUGUUCAAUAUUAUCUUUCUGUCUUAUGAAUCAUGAUUAUUAUUAAUAGUUAUGCAUGUUAAUGAUUAUGUUUAUAUUGCUGACCAAAUGUGUGUGAAUGAUAGCUGAAGGGAAUGACUAUUUGAAUAUCUUGCCAAUUGAUUUGUUUUAACUAAUAGAUUAGUUUAUUUGGUAGUCAUGUAGUUUUGUGUGUUAAGAGGAAUGACAUAUGCUUUACAUGUGUGUUGCAUUGUGCUUAUUGCAUUGUAUUUAUUCAAAAUAUCAAACAUAGCAAUAAGAACACACAAAUGGCCAAUAAAACUGAAUGAUGUUUCUUGAAUGAAAGCUCUACACCCUGAAUUUAUUACUUUGCUUUUCACCUAACAGUGUUUUAUUUUAUAGGAAAAGCAUUUCAAAAAAUGAUCCUGAUAGUUUACUGUUUAUAAAUGUAUCAUGUUACAGUUGCCAUGACAACAUAAUUAUGAGAUCUUCAUCUUUUCUUGUUUCACUUAUAUCUGCCUUACUGCACAUAAUUUACUAUAAUGGUGGUUCAUCAGUUAAUUCCAUGUAACCUGCAAGAUAGCUCCACUGUGACAUCAUCUGACUAUAAUGCAAUGCUUCAUUCCACUGAAAUACAGUGAAACCUCUUUAUUCCGGACACUACCAGUUCGGAAACCUCGACUUUCAGACGAUCGUCAUGGGAACAUCAAUCUGUAUAUAUAUCAACAUUACUUAGAUUCCUUAAUCUGGAUAAUUUCGCGAAGAAAGGUACUGGAUUAACGAGGUUUGACUGUACAAUGAAUGUGAAACUGGACACAUUGGAUAUAUCCACUGUAUUUUUUCAGUAUGUCUACUCACACUGAUAUUCCUAUCGCACAUCAAAUAUUAUUCACAAUUCAAACAAUUUGCAUAUGGUCAAGACGUUAAAUUCUAAAACCUUCAAAAAACUCAUCCAAGUCAUGUGAUGCCUAGAUCUUAACGUCACAUGUACUUGGUGACAGUUGAUAUUAACAGAGCAUUUAGAAGAUUCAUACCAUAGUCCAAUACUCAUUUCCACUGCUUGGGUCAAAAUGGAGACACCAUUGUAUAUCUGUGUAUCAAAGAUUAAUUGGUUGCAAAACUAUCAAAGACACCCGUAUCUUUUGCUUGUAAUACAAAACUCAAAAGAAGUUAAAGAUCACCUGACUAACUAUAGUCAUAUAAAAAAAUGGGUGUGCUUUAACUUCUUUUGUGUAAUAUUAAUAUUAAUAUAUAAUUUAUAUAUAAUGAAACAUCCACCGUUGUGUCUAGGGACAAAGUAUGAUUGUCAUAUGAGGUGGCUUUGAUGAUCGGGUUAGGUUCAUUGCGUGCCAUCGUACCCCAACUGCAUGGAUCAGUGGAUUGUCUGGUCCUGACAUGAUAACUUACAAGCCGCCAUCAAAUGGCUGGAAUUUUGAAGUGUGCUUGAUUCACCUAACCUUAUAGAAUUAUCCCAUAUUCUUAGCCUCAACUUGAACAACUUCUUCAUACUUUUAUAUGACUCAUUCAUUCUUCAGGACUUGGCUUCAUAAAUAUGGACAAAAUCUUGUGGCUUUUUCCUCUCUGCUGGGGUCUUGGAAAGUGAGAGAUUUGUGCAGGUGUGUGGGUUAUCUCCCCUUGUUGGUGCUAUGGAGACAACAUGGUGGUGGCCUGCCUAUCAGAUAUGGUUAUUUGUAUAUAUUGUUCCUGCACAGCAGUUAUUGAAUUAUUUUCUGGGUGUUUGCUAUGUGAUACGAACCCUUCAAGAGGUGCAUGAUUCAGAGUAUUGUAUAUAUGGGAACAUGAUGAUAAAACUUACCAAUAAACCAUAAUCAAUAUU